AUGGAGCAAACAGUCUUCUGUUGGGAAGCCCACGAAGCAUCUCAUCACCAACAGCAAGCAGCGCAGAACAGUUUGCUGCCUCUCCUGAGCUCAGCUGUCGAGCCCCCUGACCAGAAACCAAUUUUACCCUUGCCAAUAACACAGAAACCUCAGCCCCCUGCAGAAACACUAAAAGAUGCCAUUGUCGGGAUUAAAAAGGAGAAACCGAAAACCUCCUUUGUGUGUACGUACUGCAGCAAGGCCUUUAGGGACAGCUAUCAUUUGAGGCGCCACGAAUCCUGCCACACCGGGAUAAAACUAGUGUCACGGCCAAAGAAAGCUCCCGCCACAAUGGUACCCUUAAUCUCCACCAUUGCGGGUGACAACAGUCGGACAUCGCUGGUUUCAACUAUCGCCGGCAUCCUGUCCACCGUCACUACGUCUUCCUCUGCUACCAAUCCAAGCAGCAGCGCUGGUGCCACAGCCAUGCCAGUGACGCAGACCGUGAAGAAGCCCAGCAAGCCUGUCAAAAAGAACCACGCCUGCGAGAUGUGCGGGAAGGCCUUCCGCGAUGUCUACCACCUCAACAGGCACAAGCUGUCCCACUCGGACGAGAAACCCUUCGAGUGCCCAAUUUGCAACCAGCGUUUCAAAAGGAAAGACCGCAUGACCUAUCACGUGAGGUCUCAUGAGGGUGGCAUCACCAAACCCUACACCUGUGGUGUUUGUGGAAAAGGCUUUUCGAGACCUGAUCACUUAAGCUGUCAUGUCAAACAUGUCCACUCCACAGAGAGGCCCUUCAAAUGCCAAACUUGUACAGCUGCCUUUGCCACCAAAGACAGACUGAGGACACAUAUGGUGCGCCAUGAAGGAAAAGUGUCAUGCAAUAUCUGUGGUAAACUUCUGAGUGCAGCGUAUAUUACAAGUCACUUAAAGACUCAUGGGCAGAGCCAAAGUAUCAACUGUAAUACCUGUAAACAAGGCAUCAACAAAAAAUUUGGAUUUUUCAAGCAAGAAAAUCUACACCUCCCUGCUUGCUGGAAAGCAUGCAUGAAUGAAGAAAGCAACAAUCAGAAGCAGCAGCAGCAACAACAGCAGCAGCAGCAGCAACAGCAGCAGCAGCAACAACCUCAACAGCAUGUCACAAACUGGCCUGGAAAGCAGGUAGAGACCCUGAGAUUAUGGGAAGAAGCUGUCAAAGCAAGGAAGAAAGAAAGUCAACAGACUCUGAGGCCAACUUCAGUCAAGCAAGAAUGUCAGUACAACUUUGAGAAGGCUAUAGAGUACGUACCAUUCGAAGCUGCUAACUUAUGCCAGACCUCUACUUCAGCCACUACACCGGUGACUCUCUCUACUCCCUUCAAUAUCACCUCCUCAGUGGCAUCCGGGACAAUCACCAACCCAGUCACAGUGGCUGCUGCGAUGAAUAUGAGAAGUCCCGUCAAUGUCUCCAGCGCAGUUAACAUCUCCAGUCCAAUGAGCCUUGGCCAUCCGGUCACUAUCACCAGUCCGUUGUCUAUGACCUCUCCGUUAACGCUCACCACCCCUGUCAAUUUACCAACUCCAGUAACCGCUCCAGUGAACAUAGCACAUCCAGUCACCAUAACUUCUCCCAUGAACCUCCCGACACCAAUGACGUUAGCUGGCCCAUUAAAUAUUGCAAUGAGACCUGUGGAGAGCAUGCCCUUCCUUCCCCAGGCCUUGCCAACCUCUCCCCCUUGGUAGAAACAAAGCAAAACAGAAAACCUCAUGGCAGUAUUAAAAGAAAAAAAGAAAAAGGAAUGAAAAGCAGGUCCUUACCAGCAGUUAUAUAUAUAUAUUUUUGGUUCGUUGUUUUCGUUUUGUUUAUUUUUAGUUAACAGUAAUGAAACCAGGACUAAUUUCAGCUGGGGCAAGAAUCGUGCGCCAGUCUAAAAAAAUUAUUUUUUAAAAAAAGCUAUCCAAAGUGUCCCUGUUAGUUAGCUGGCUGUCGUUUUUUUUCACUGGGUCACUUAGUUUCCUGUUAGCUGGCAGUGAUGUCAAAAGGAGCAGGUUAGAGCUCUAUACAGAGACCCAUAAACAUACAUGUAUUAAAUUCAGCAUUAUGAAAUACCCUGGGAAUUGCAGGCAAAGGAAUGGUUUUAAUUCAAACACUAGAAGACUCAAAACGCAGCUCUGUAUCACAUUGUGGAGAUGAAUCACUUUCAUUUGCCAGCUGUAUCCAUCUGAUUCAGAAAAGUAGAAUUAUAGUGUUCGUGUUUUAUUUUUAAAUAAAUGCAUUUCAUGGUCCUAUUUUAUUUUUUAUAUGCAUUUUGAGUAAUUAUGCAUUUUCACCUUUUGGGAAUAUGAUGAUUUCAGGCCAAAUUCCCUAUGGGAAAAGUGAUACCAGCUCUGAUAUGCAAAGCAUAUAGUAACUUUUAUCGUUCUAACUACUAAAUAACAAUGGGGAUUGUGACCUGAUAUUUGAAGAUGUAAAUACUACGAGACAUAUUACCCUAAGGGAAUAUAACAUCAUAGUCAACGUAUUUAAAAAAAAAAAGGAGAACAGUUUUAAUGUUUGGAAAAAGAAACAGCAGCGGCUGGUGGAAGAGGAUUUGAAAGCUACAGGAGCACAGUCUCGGAUCAGACCCCCGUCUGGACUCUUUUUUUUUUUUCCUGAAGAGCAAGCGGUGGGCUUUUGAAGGACGGGAAAAAUUGCUUUAAGCUGGAAGACUGUGGAGGUACCGGGGGGGUGUUAGGAUGUGUGCCUGCCCCCCAUUCUUUCAAUCGGAACCUGCUGAUAUUGUGACAAUGAGAGCAGGUCUUGUUCACUAGAUUUUCUUUUGUCUUAUAUAAAAUGGUAUACAGUUUUUAUUCUAACCACUAACUAGUUAGGAUGCCCCUUCAGGACAAGCCAAGAGUGCAUCUAUUUGUUUUGUGUUCUAUUUUGUUUUUGUUUUUUUAAUACACAUUUCCCCCCCCCCCUUCUUAAUCAAGUGUUGUGCGGAUCUCAACUUUGUAAAUAUUUGCAGGACACCCGUCCCCCCCAAAAUCAUUUGUACUUUUUAGUUAAUUGUAUUAAUGCAUAGUUCUUGGUUCAUGGGGAUUUCCCAGCAACUCUCUGACCUGUUUGGUGAAGCAGAAAUCCCUGUUCUUCCCCACUUGGGUCACAUUUUUUAAAAAAACUCACCACCAAGCUGCACAUUCUUUAUUUCUUCUGUCUGUACAUAAAGUAGUAUGGAAAAUCUAGGGAAGCAGUUACUUUUUUUAGGCUAUCAUGUCACACUCAUUUUUUAAAUUGUUUUUAAAGACUUACCCUGUAACCAAGAUGGAGUAAGAAAUAACUUGGAAAGGAAAGGUGGGGGUGGCUUUUGAUCAGGGUGACAAUGCCAUAACGGUUGAUAUUUUAAUUUUUAAUGGGAUACUGGCAAACCUGAGAGGGUCAGAGUCUGCUGUUUUUGUGUUUAUACCCUUUGUGUCCGUGUAAAAGCAGCAUAUUUCGUACUUUUGAGGCAGGCGUCUUGGGUCCGAAGACGGAUGUCCAAAUUAUGUGAAAAUGGUUCUAGGGGCUUGGACUACAUAGUUAAAAAAAUGGGAAAAAUAAUAGAACUUAGUGUAAAAUAAUUUUAUAAAUGAUCUUUUGUACCUUAGGACAUCAAAUUGUACAACUUUUGUAUAUAUAAAAGCUUAGGAACUUCCUGUGUAGCAAAAAGAACACAUUCCUACACUUUUAAUGUAUAUGUUUGUUAUAAUGUCAUGUAAACAUAUGCCCCAUGUUUGUGCCUUUUAAUUAGUUUGUCUCAAUAAACAGAACUGUAGAGAC